UCGAUCCUCUGCCUCUCCGAGCUCUUCCUCUCUCUUUCUCUCUCGCUCGCCUUCCUCCUGCUCUGAGAAUUUAGGGUUAGCCGAGGAGGGUUAGGGUUCGAGUUUUUCCGGUGCAUGGCAGUGAGAUUGGUGUCGAAUGAGGUGUCGGACCUCUGCAUCGGGAAGCCAGCGCUGAGAACGCUGCCGCUCUCCGCGGUCGCCGUCGGCGAAGCCCUAAUCGCGCUAAGGAGAUCUGGCGAGCCCCAAUUGGGCGUGAUAGGCGACGUUAAGAAGGCCGUUUCUGGGAAGAUCUCCGUCGCGGACAUCAUCUGCUACCUCUGCUCGGACGGCAACCUCGCCUCGCCGGCAGCCGCUCUCGAGCGGCCCGUCGCCGCCGCCCUUCCUGAAGAAGCCGGCAUCGUUCGGCGCGUCGAGCCUCAUUUUGGAUUAUUGGAAGCUGUCGAUCUGAUACUUGACGGAGCGCAGAACCUCGUAGUCCCUAUCCGCUCCGUCGCCGGGAGGCGGAAGAUCCAAUCUGGCUGUGGCGGUGGCGGCGCCCCUGAGUUUUGCUGGCUGACGCACGAGGAUUUCGUUCGAUACUUCCUCAAUUCAAUCGCCCUCUUCUCACACAUCGCCGCUCUCUCCAUCGACUCGCUCGGCCUUGUCCGUCCGGCCGACACGCUCUCCAUCCGCAGCAAUGAGCCUGGUCUCUCCCUCCUCCCCCUCCUCGACCGCGCCCUCUCAGACCAGGCCGCCGUCGCGGUCGUCGCCGACGAUGGUCGCCUUGUGGGCGAGAUCUCCCCCUCCGCUCUCUCCGCCUGCGACGAGUCCCUCACGCUGGCCGCGGCCAUCGCCACCCUCACCGCGAACGACCUCAUGGCGUUUAUCGACUACUACGGCGCUCCACCGGAGUACCUUGUCCGCACAAUUAAGGCCAGCCUAAAGGAGCAGGGCCUGCCGGAGAUGCUCGAACUAGUGGAAGAUGAGUUGUCCUCCUUCUCCACGUCAUCCUCCUCGCCGUCGACGACCUCCUCGUCCUCCGACGAGGAGUCUUUCGGGGGGAAGCGGCCGAGGAGGACAAAAUCAAGGAGCUUGUCCUCGGUGAGGAGAUCCGAGGAGCCGGAAGUCUGCCACUCGGGAAGCUCCCUGGUGGCUGUAAUGGCGCAGGCGCUGGCCCACCGGGUGAGCUAUCUGUGGGUCGUCGACGAAGAAAACUACGAUCUCAUCGGCAUCGUGAACUUCUCCGACAUGCUCAGAGUCUUACGGGAGCAGUUGCUGCCAUGAACCUCCUCUCUGAGGGUCCCACUGUCCUACACCGCACUUCCCCCUUUUGUCCGAGAGCUCAUGAUAUCAUUUGCGUUUCCAGCGAUCGCUCCAAAUGCUUCCUAUCCGUCAGUUCCCUUGCGAUGACGUGACUCCGUUGUUCCUACUCAGUGUUUAUGUUUCGGGCUACACAAAAACACUUUUGUGUCGUUUGGCUGUUUGUUUUAUCUCAGAAAUAUGCAGGCUUAUCAAGGUUUCUAUCAAUUUGUACUCUUGGCCUCUUGGACCUGUUCCUAUAUGAAAUCGCCACUGGGUGAAUUUUCGGCAGUAA